AUGACCUGGCAAGAAACUGCAAAAAACAAAAGAGAUUCGGUAAUGGCUGCCAUUCCUCAAGAAUGGAUCCUUGAUACCAUCCCCAGUGCUACUGAAGUCCCCAAUGCUAUCCUAUUCAUUGACUCUAAGCUCACCGAGAAAGAGCGGGCCAUUACUUACUCUACCAUCCUUGAACUUCAACCGCAGAUUCAAUCCGGUAAACUUAGUGCUCUCGAAGUUACCAAAGCAUUUGCUCAUCGCAGUGCCUUGUUGCAUCAAUUGACCAAUUGUUGUGCCGAGAUAUUCUUUGAUAAAGCGUUUGAGACCGCCACCUAUCAAGAUGAGUUUUUCGCCCAACAUGGCCGAACCAUUGGUCCAUUGCACGGGAUCCCGCUUUCGGCAAAAGAUCAAAUCAACCUCGAAGGAAUUGAUUCUGCCAUGGGGUUUGUGUCAUUGAUAAACAACCCAAUUGAGAAGCAAGAUGUUUCAAAACUCGCGAUCAUUUUGCAACAAAUGGGGGCGAUUUUCUUCAUCAAGACCACCACCCCACCAGCAAUGAUGGCGUACACUACGACUUCGAACAUUUAUGGGGAGACCGUCAACGUUUAUAACCGGAAAGUUUCCUGUGGUGGGUCAUCUGGGGGUGAAGGGGCGUUGAUUGGCGGGCGUGGAGCGCCUUUGGGUUGGGGCACCGAUAUUGGAGGGAGUAUUCGGGUGCCCAGCAGUUUUGCGGGGAUUUAUGGAUUAAGAGGCUCGACUAAUAGAUUACCUUAUUGCAAAUUGACUAAUUCAUUUGCCGAUCAACCGGUGCUUUCGUCGGUGGUGGGACCGAUGGCGAGUGAUUUGCAAGAUUUGAAGUACGUUAUGGAAUUGGUGAUCCAGGCAGAACCUUGGAAAUUCGAUCCAAAAUGCCCUCCGAUCCCUUGGAGAGACCCAGAACAACAAGUUCCUGCUGGGAAAUUGGUGUUUGCAUUACAAUCCUGGAAUAAACUUGUGAUGCCUAGUCCACCGGUGAAACGGGCAUUGGCCAUCGUGAAGGAAAAAUUGAUCGAUGCCGGACAUGACGUUAUCGAGUGGGAUCCACCAAUCAGCAGUAUGACGGCCACUCAAGUUGCCGUGGACGUUUAUGGGGCCGAUGGGUAUAAAGAAGUGGUUGAUUAUACCCAAGCCAGUGGGGAACCUAUCGUCCCGGAAAUCUUGUCGCUUGCCGGCGGUGCGACCUUACCCAAAGGCGUUGGCCAUAUCCACGAACAUUGGGAUCAUGCCAAAAGAAGGUAUGAAGUGCAGCAAGCGGUAGAUGAUUAUUGGUUUAAUGAGACUACGAAACUCACCGGUACUGGACGCCCAGUUGACGGGAUAAUUUGUCCUGUGUGGGACACUCCAUCGUUCAAGACUCGGGACAUUGGCAAGUUCUAUGGGGACUAUGUUGCCCAGUUCAAUACUUUGGAUUACAGUGUGGUAGUGGUUCCGGUGCUUUGUGCUGAUAAGUUGGAGGAUACAAAGCCAUCAAGACUGGAGUUUGUCAGUGAUAAGGAUGAAGAGCUUUGGGAGUAUUACGACGCGGAGUUAGUGGACGGGUGCCCGGUCGGGGUGCAAGUGGUUGCGCCACGCUGGCAAGAAGAGACGGCAAUUGGCUUGGCCGAGGUGGUUGAUGGGUGCUUAAGAAAGAGUGGUAGCUAA